AUGCGUGUUGCUGUUGUUACUGGUUCAAAUAAGGGUGUCGGAAAUGGUAUUGUUGAAUUAUUAGCCAAGCACUUGGACCCUAAAGAGUGGCAUGUUUACCUAACAGCCCGAAAUGUGGAAGCGGGUGAGGAAGCCGUGAAACGUUUUCGUGAUCAGGGGCUCGAGGUGAAGUUUCAUCAGCUGGAUAUUACUGAUAAAGACAGUCGACAUGCAUUGGUUGAGUUCAUUAAAAAGGAGUAUCCUAAUGGACUUGAUAUUCUUGUCAAUAAUGCAGGAAUCGCCUACAAGUCGAAUUCAACAGCACCUUUUGGCGAACAAGCUAGAGUCACUAUAGCUACGAACUACACAGCUACUGUGGAGAUGUGUUUAGAUUUUCUUCCAAUAAUGGCGAAGGGUUCUAGACUUGUUAAUAUUGCGAGCAUAGUGGCACAAAGAUCAUUCAAUACACUGACAGAAGGAGUAGCUCUCAAAUUUUUGGAGACUUCAAACCUUCAAGAACUGACCGAUCUUAUGAAUAAAUUCAUUAGGUACGCCGAGGCCGGAGAACACCAGAAAAAAGGAUUCCCAAAUUCAGCUUACGGUAUGUCAAAGCUUGGAGUUUGGAGAGCUACGGAACUUUUGGCGGCACAAUACAAAUCUGACCCUAGGCAUAUUCUUAUAAACUCCUGCUGUCCUGGUUACGUUAAUACUGACAUGUCUAGUCACCGUGGUGAAAAAACUAUUCUUGAGGGCGCCGAUACACCCUUCUAUCUUGCAACUUUACCGCCGGAUGCCACAGAGCCAUAUGGCAAAUUUGUCAGUGACCGCCAAGUAGUUGCAGUGGAUGCCAGAUUUAGAUAA